UACAAAAUAAACUAAAGCAUUGUUACGAUUGUAUUUUAGUAUUUAUAAAACUGUAAUCAACCAACAGUAUUAUUUUAUGUUUCAACAACGAUUAAAACAAGUAAAAUAGUACUAUUUACCAAAACGGAAAAGUUUAUAUUUUUAUUUUAGCAGAAUGAUAUGAUGACAUCUAUAAUUUAAAGAAUGAACAAGUCCAGUGUACGAGAUAAAGGCCGAAAGACAUCAAAACAAAAAUCUCAGCCAAAGGGGACAAAAGAUUUUGAUCCUGUGGAAUCUGAAACAAAAAUAAGGCGACCCAUCCAUCACUACUCUAUUAACGAGACUGUGAGUACGAGUGACUCGUACAAUGAUGACUCGGAUCACGAGACUCGAGCUCUUCUACACCGCUAUAAAUACUACAGUCGUCUGACACCACACACUAAUGGCAUCCUGCAAAUGCCAGACCACAUUGUGCCAUCAAACUAUCUCAUUACGAUCCUGGUGCCACUCAACGGCAAACAGAACAGUGUUAUCACUAUAUUUGCUUUAUGGAAUACGAUGAUGGGAACAUCAUUGCUGUCAAUGCCUUGGGCAAUAAAACAGGCAGGUUUUGCAUGUGGAAUUUGCAUGCUGAUUGGGAUGGCUGGUCUGAUGUUGUAUACUAGCUACAGAAUUCUCAAGUCUUUGGAUGGAAUAGAGAUGGGUGAAGGCCAAGUUCUAGAGUUCUCUGAUGUCUGUAGACACUAUUUUGGGAAAUGGUCCGAGCUGGUUGCCGUUGUUUGUUCUCUGCUCACUCUACUAGGAGGAGCCAUCGUCUACUGGAUCCUUAUGUCCAACUUCUUGUUCCAUGUUGUUUCCUUUCUUUACUACCAGGUACACCCAGCACCACAUUCCACACCUUUUGGGAACUCGUCAAAUUUCUCAGAUGCUGUUUGUCCCCAUAUGGUAAAGCCAGAUAAUGCCACCAGCAGUCACUCGACAUUUUCUAAGGUUUGGGAUGAACAAAUGACGGUUCCUUUUUUCUUGGUCCUCAUGCUAUUACCGUUGCUCAAUUUCAAGUCGCCGACAUUCUUUACAAAGUUUAAUGCUCUUGGAACUAUAUCUGUGGCAUACCUAGUUUCGUUUGUGUCGGUGAAAGCAUCAAACUGGGGGAUUAAUCUUGAUUUUAACACAGAAGAUAUCAACUUACCAAGCUACACCUCUCAAUUUGAUAUGACCUUUCCAGCACUGACAGGCAUAGCAGCUCUGGCAUAUUUUGUUCAAAACUGUGUCUUGUCCAUAUGCAGAAAUCAGAAACAUCCAGAAAACAAUGUACGUGACUUGUCAAUAGCUUAUAUUCUUGUGGCUUCCACCUAUAUCUUUGUGGGUGUUCUAUUUUAUUCUGCAUUUCCACUGACUAAAGUAUGUAUUCAAGAUAAUCUUUUGAACAAUAUUGCGACAACAGAUGUCAUGGCAUUUGUGGCCAGAAUUGGACUGUUUUUCCAAAUGUCGACAGUGUUUCCUCUACUGAUGUAUGUAUUCCGGGUUCAGUUCAUGCACACUUUGUUUGGAUCAGUUUGGCCAAGCUGGAAACAUGUGCUUUUGCUGAAUUUGGUUCUCAUUGGGAUCUGCAUCCUCUUUGCAGUGUUUUUGCCUCAUAUUGGUAAAAUUAUUGGAUUUGUUGGUGCCUUCUGUGGUUUAGCAUAUGCCAUAGCACUGCCAUGUAUGGUGUAUCUGAAAUCGUGUUACUUGGAGGGGACACUAUCAUGGCCAAAGAUUGUCAUUCAUUCUUUUCUUAUUGUCAUUGGAAUUGCAAACUUUAUUGGUCAGUUCUUAAUACUGGGUCAUACAACCUAGCUGGAUUUCUGUUCUCUUUAAUAGAUGUUGCAAACUGUGAUUAUUUAAAAAUGUUAUGUUAAUGUCCUGUCAAUAUUUACCUAGACUUUUAAUGAAGAAAUUAACUAGUCUCACCCAUAGUACAAAGGUGUGUUCACAUAUACAGAUUUUAUCAUGCAGCAAUUUCUUACAGAAAUGGGAUCAGACAUGGUGUUCUCAUAUGUAUUAUAUGUGUGGCAACAGGUCUUUCCAAACAAAAUGAGCAUGGGAAGCUAUUUUUGUCAACUUCGUUGAUGCAGUUUGGCGUGUGGAUACGAUUUCAAUCGCUACAUGGGACGAUUGAAGUAAUAGUGUCCAUGUCUAGAUGCAGUAUCUGUAUCCGUAUCUGGGACCUGUUUUACGAAGCAAUCUUAGCUCUAAGCUCACCUUAAGUACACAACUUCAUUAUGCACUUAAGGUGAUCUUAGCACCAAGAUCUUUUCGUAAAAUGGAGCCCUUGACAUAUGUGAACACCUCCACUGAAAACAAUAGUUAGCAAUUGUUGCUAUAUCUGAAUCUGGAUCCAUGUAUAUUAGAGCACAGCUUUACUGUACAGUGUUGUCAGUGUUAUGUUGCUAGACAUCCUGGAGAUUAUUAGCAUGUUGCUCAUGCUUUUAUUUUGUUUUUAUCUAAAAAUAAACAUAGAUUAUUAUCUGUUGUUUUUAAAAAUGUGUAUCAGAUAUAUAGUUUUUUUAAGCCAUAAUACUUAACAUGUAUUUUAUUUUUAUGUCAAAUUUUCCGUGAUAAAUUGUGAUAAUGUGUAACAUUUAUAUUCAAAAUAUACGUUAUUUAUGUGGGUUUUUUUUAACUUAUGCAUGGUCUGAAAUUGCAUUUCCAUACGCUGACUGCGUAAUAAAAUAUUAGCAAACCUGUUUAUUUUGUAUAUACUAUAAUGCACAUGAAAGUCGUUUGCAUUUUGGUGAUGAUGUAUCUUUUUAUAUACUCAUAUACAAAUGUAAAUGUACAUAUCAGAUAUUAUCCUAAAACAUUGGUGGUUCACAGUGCAGAGUGACAAAUUUGUGAAACCAAUGUCAUGAUCUAUAUAUUUUUGCUAUAUCAAUGUUCAUAGGGAUAAUAAAUUUUCAGUGUAGCAUGUGUCCAUUGUUUUAGUCAAUAUAUUUUAGUUUAGAAAACUAAUCUUGCACUUUAAAGCUUACAGUGUAACUUAUUUCAUUAGUGUUCUUAAUGAUUGAGAUUAUAGUUUCCAGUACCAGUACUUUAUUUUCACCUGUGUAGCUUUCAUUAUAAAUUAUUUUAUUGGAAGAUCAUCAAUCACCUUUAGCACUGUUUUCAUUUUUGUUAUGUUAUUAUUAAUUGAAAAUAUCAUUGUGACUUGUUUGAAUAUUUUGUUAUGAUGUAUACAAAACAAUUCUAAAAGUCUUUAGGAUCUAGGACCUCAAAGCAAACAAACAAGCUAUGAUAGACAUGGGUCACAUGUAUUGAGGAUAAUAAACACGUUACAAGUUAUUAUCAAAUUUAUUUCCUAUGUGAAAUAAUGUUUAAUUGUCACAAGUUUUAUUAAGUGACAAAUGAAAAUUAUUUUACAAGGAACAUAAAUUUGUAAAUAACUGGUACCGAGUUUGUUAUUCUAUUUAUUACCACAGCUUUUGUUCUCUCUUAAAACCUAUUUUUGAUGUUCAUAGACUUACGUGAUUACAUGUAUAUAGAAACAAAGCAAACAACUUCACACAUUUUCUAAUUAUUGUUAUGACUUUGUUUUUUUAUUCACAAUCACAGAUAAUGUACAAAAAUCAGUUUAAUUUAUUGUUCCAAAAUAUCUGUAAUGGAUCGUAUUAAAAUAGUAUUUUAUUACAAAUUUAAUAAUAACAACUGAGAGUCUUAAAUGUGAAUGCUUUAAACUAUGUGACUCCAUAUAUGUGAGGAUGAAUAUAUGAGAGAAAAAAAAACCAUUGUUUAUUUAACACAUUUUAAUUACGGUUAUAUGGUGUCCAAUAUGGUUAUGGACCACACAGAUAAUGAGAGAGGAAUCCCACUGACACCACUGAAUCUUUGUAUGCACUGUCCUACAAACGAGAUGGUACAUACAUGUACCAUGGCAUUUGUUGUGGAGUACUAACUGGAAAGAAUUAGCCCAGUGAGCUGACAAAUGAUGAUUGAUUCUAGAUCGAUCGUGCAUCAGGUGAGUGCUUUAUCUAUCAACUAUGAAUGAAUGAUGUCUUAAGCAAUAAAUUUAUUACACAAAAUUAUUACACGUCUUGAAUGGAAAAUAUGAUAAUUUCAUCAAUAGAAUAAUAGCAUUUCUCUUUUAACCACAUAUAUCAGUAUUAUUUCUUCCCACCAUACUAGACUUUUUCCAUCCCAUUUUAUAUCGAACCUAUAUACCAUAUGGCAAUAUAUAACAUGCAAAUGAGAGAAAAGGUUAGAUUAAUUCAUUUUAAUUAUGAUUUCAGAACAAAAGAUGUACAGGUUUUAGUUGUUCCUUGACAUAAUGGGUCGAAUUUACAAAGCCUGUUAUGUCUUGGACAUGUAUCUAUUAUAGUAUAUAUAUUUACAAUGCUUAAACAUAUGCGUUUAAGAAAAACGGGCUUCGGAAGUUCCUAAAUUCAGCCCACACUACAUGCGUGUUUAGUUACAAGUGUACUGUAAUAGAUAUGUUAAUAUUUCUAAUUGUUAGGGCUGCAAUAGAUUCACUUUUAGUUACCAGCCAAUUUGUGCAGAUAUGUUUAAAAAUUGUGAAUUGGAAUAAAUGUUAUCUUAUUUUUUUAUUGUACAAAAAAUAACUUUUGAACUAUGAAGUAUUUGAAAAAAGAGACAGAGAGAGAGAUACACAUAUAUGCAUAUAUAUAUAUUUUAAAGCAAUGGUGACUCAUUUAAAAUUAUGUUGCAUUAUGUUAAAUAAAGAUUACUGCAUGUG